AUGGAUGAUCUGUUUGAUUUUCAAAACGGCUUCUCCUUUGGGAGCCUCGAUGGCUUGGGUGGUUCUGCAGGCAACGGUGGAGACGAGAAGAAUGGAGAUAAAGCUCCAGAUUCCAUUGAUGAGUAUAAUUUAGACAAUUUUAACAUCGACAACUUUUUGGAAGAUACUCCAGGUUCAGUACCUGCUAAGGAAGAGGCUCAGAAGAAAUCACAGCCGGUGAUAAAAGCACAGGAAAAAGACCCAUUUGCUGGGGCUAGCGAUCUGUUUGAUUUUGGGUCGGACGAAAAACCAGCCUCAACACAGAAGGACACCCAGCAGACAGCCUCUUUCGGGGCAGGAAAAGAAGAUGAUAUCGUGUGGGGAGAUUUUUAUCAAGAAGAUAGUCCUCGUAAAUCCCCCGGUAUCACGCAAGUAGAGCCAAGAAAGGAUUCUCCUGUCAAAAACGGGACAGGGAAGGUAACUGUUUCUAAUUCUGCACACUUACCUUCCACUGCUGAGCAGCAUAAUGGUACAUCUAUUGAUAAAUUCGAUGACGAUUUUGGAGACGACUUUGGAAAUGAUUUUGAACCGAAUGCUCUAACUGUGCCAGAAGCCAAUCAUUUAUCGACUGACGUCUCUGAGCCGCGUGCUAUAACUCCCAAUCCAGAGCCAGAGCAGCUGAGUUCUUCUAUGCAUAGUCCCCCAAAGGAAACAUUAAAGCAACUUCCACAAGCACACACUGAUGCAGUGACAGAUGCGUGGCCUAAAACUGUAAGGAGUACUGGGAGCGUCAUUGGAAAGGUCACAGGUUCUCAGUUCGUUAAGGCGCGGCAGCCCUCUCUUCCCUUCUAUGAGGACACUUCUGAUGAGGCUGUCCCGGUAAAGAACCCCGAAAAUCCAUUUACAGUUGCACAAAAGCCAAUCUAUUACUCUCCGCCUAAAUCAGAGCUAACGACGACUACAGACGAGACCAGUGCAUUGACAACAGAUGCAUCUAGCCAUAUACAAGCACCGGCAACAACUCACGUUACUGCCAUUCCAGCGUCUAAGCAAGCCCCUUUACCUCCUCGAUCCAGAAGUACGUCUCCAACUCACUCCGACACCUUAAAGCGACUUCAAGACCAAAUGAACGUUAUCCUGCACGAGCUUAAGGGUCUCACUGUUGGCCCGGAUAUGACCCAGCUCACAUCUGCUCUGACUUCUGAAAUUAUAAAGCAUCUACCGAAGGAGACACAACAGGGACAUUCCAACAGUUUGCAGGCAUCGGAUAUUCAAUCACUGAUUCAAAAUGCACUUGAUCAGACCAAAGAAUCUGCAUCAAGCCUUGUAGACCCGACUCCAGCACUUCACGGAAUAGAACAUAACAUGCGCCGUUUGGAGGAGUCCAUCGCAACUAAGCUUCAAAGCAAGUUUGCAGAUGAUUCUUGUAAGGAGGGUAAGAUACUUGAUACAAUUAAACGAUUGGAGCUUCAAAUGAGUGGGAUACAAUCAGAAGUUUCCUCAUUGGCUGUUAAGGCACAGCAUUAUAAGCAGGUGCACGUGAAUGAUCCGAAUGUCCUGGCCCUAAAUGCAGCAAUCAACCUCGCCGAGGAGCGUGCGAAGCGCGCAGAAGAUAGGUACAAUGAGUCUAUUCAAAAAGUCAGCGACCUUACAGCAGAAGCCAAAAGAGCUAUGGAAGAAGCAGAAAGGGCAAAGAUAGAAGCCAACACUGCGUUAACAUCAGCUAACCUUAGGGAGGCGAAAGCGAGAGAUCUUGAAGAGGAGCUGAAUAGACUUAUGGAAUCACUACACACCAGGGAGCGCAAUAUUAUUGCCAGAGAGAGUGAGCUCAGAAAGAAGGAGGCCAAUCUUCGUGAGCGUAAUAUUCAGCUGGAGACAGAGAUGCUCAAGUUAACUACUCAGAAAGCAGAGCUGGAGGAACUUAAGGCAAAAGCAGAUGCGUCCCGUCAGCUAUCUAUUUUAGAAAGGAACCAGUUGAUUAAAGAGCAGGAAGAGCUUAUUAAUAACAACAUACUUCCAAAUCCGGCACCAGUCCCCUUAUACACAGACCUUCCAUAUAGACAAUACCCCUCUGUUACCACAUCACCUCAUAAUGGUGGCAAUGCCUUAUCCAUGUCUGCAAUCGCAGCAGAGCCUCAAAAGCGUAGUAAAAGUGCAGCAAGAGAGGACCUUGAACGUGCAGUCAGCAAAGCCGAUAAGGCGCUUAAGACUUCUCGCAUACUGAGCACCUCUCAGAUGCUUGGAAAUCAAAAAGCAGAACCUUUUCUUGUUGAUACAACUGCACAUUCCUCGUUAGCUGCCUUAGAAUACGAUCUUCGCUCCACAGACCCCAAGCGAGAGGCGUUGCGUGUGGCCCGGAAAUUUUUACAGGAAAAGGCACUAGCCAAGAGCAUGACAGAUACCCGGCCACCGAAGCCUCAGCCUCUGGUUGAUACAGCUUCUUUGGCACAGAGCCUGAGCCUUAACAGUAGCAACGGAGCUAUGAACUUAACAGCAAUGCCUACUCGACCACACGCACCUCCCUAUGUCAUUUCUUCUGGCUCAGAGAAGAGCAACUCUAUGGCCAGCUCGCUUCCAAGCAGCCGUACAUCAUAUGUCGAACCCCCCAUAUUUUCUGCAGCCACUGCGACUGCAUCAAUGAGUCAAUACCCCUCACAGUUCUCGACACAGCGACCUUCGCUUCCAUAUUCUAGCAGGCCAACAUCCCGGACAAGCGAUAACAUAGUGGCGCAAAUCGCUGCAAUUAAUCGACCGUUUACACCAAUUACGUUCGAUCAAUCGCAGUACACACCGGCAGAGGUUAUCCGAAAAGCAUCUUUGGCUACCGUUACCCCAAUAGUAGAGGCUCAGAAUAGCUUUGCCACACGAACCACAAGCAAGCCCAGUAGCUUUGAUAUUUCUUCAGGGAGUGCUCCACUUGGGCCCUUGACAUCAGAAACGUCUAAGUCUACCGACAUUCCCGUUAUGACGGCAGUUUCACAACUUAUUCAUCGCCAACCCUCAGCUCAACCCCCUUCUAACUCUACGUCAACUGAGAUUGCUGUUCUCUACGAUCAGUCAUCUGUUCCAAUAGCCACAACUAAAGGAGAAAAUCUGGAUGUACGGGAGUCCGCAUCUAUUGUCACAGCAGUUCAAAACUUGCCGUCUGCCUCCACCAGCGCAGUAGAUCCAGAAGCGUCUAGCUCUCGUAGUGGUAAUGAGACAAGCACUCAUUUUGGAACACAGCAGCAAAAGCAGCCUGAUCACGCAAUGGGCUCAACUGCUGUUCAGCUCCAGCCGCCAACUCAAGACUUGGCCACAGAACCGUCUAUGAGUGCGUCCGCUCCAAUCCCCUACCCGACAAAUCGAGAAAACCCAAUGCUUGCCGUUCAGUCUUCGAAGAGCGACCCGUCAACCUCGGGAAGCAUAUCUGCAGUGACGACAUACAAGAAACAAUCAGCAGGAGAGCAGGAAGUUGGCCACCCAGAGCUGAAUUUCAGUUAUCCCUACCAAGCACAGGUGGAGCCAUAUGCAUUUCUGCCUCAGGUAUCUGCAUCUCAACCAGGGCUUCUAGAUGCGCUGUCAGAAUCAAAUCAAAACCGCUAUUCAACCUCCAGGUUUACUGCCCAGAACGAGUUCUAUGAGUUCAGUCCCCAGAUAAGUACCAGUGACUUGGGCUAUCCAGCACAUAAUCCCUUUGCAGACAUUAAAUAUGACCUCGGCCUGUCAAACUUCAACAGCAACGAGCAUUCUACAAGCCCAAUGUUUCCAUUCUAG